UUAUUCACUUCAACUUCUUAAUUCAAUUCCCUUAUCUUCUCUCAUAAUUUUCAUUAAUCUCCAUUUCAAAAAAUGGGCUCACCUGCAGAAGUCUCCGCACUUGAGUUCAUCAAGCAUCAUCUUUUCGACGAUGUAUUUCCAGAAACUUUCUGUGAUAAUCAAUCCCCAUCCAGCUCUGAAUCCUGCGUUUCUGAGCUGAAAAACGAUGAAUUCUUCACUGAAUCUGACUUGUUUGAGAUUGAAUCGAAGCCACAGGUUAUAAUCAGCCCUCCGAGGAGGUUUAACGGCCGGAAACCUAAUCUUAACAUCGCCGUUCCUCAGCCGCAGGUGAAGGUUAAAGUCCAGGUGGUUCAGGACUCCGGCGACGCGAAUCGCCACUACAGGGGGGUCCGGCAGCGGCCGUGGGGGAAAUUCGCGGCGGAGAUCCGCGACCCGAACAAAAAGGGGGCUAGGGUUUGGCUAGGAACGUUCGACACGGCGGUGGAGGCGGCAAAAGCCUAUGAUAGGGCGGCGUUUAAGCUGAGAGGGAGCAAGGCGAUUCUCAAUUUCCCUUUGGAAGUCGAGAAUUUCCGGCAGGGAAAUGAGCCGCCGCCGCCGCCGGUGGAAUCUGGCCGGAAAAGGAGAAGAGACUCCGACGCCGAUGAUGAGGUGGUGAUCACAAAGGAGGUUAAAACGGAAUUGUCCGAAGAAUCCGAUAGACUUUAUGCCGCCGUGGCAGCCACCCCGUUAACGCCGUCAAGCUGGAUGACCGUUUGGGACUAUAAUGAUAUAAAUGGUGGUGUUUUUGAAAUGCCGCCGUUAUCGCCGUUAUCUCCUAAUCUAUUUAACUAUGGAAUUAAAGUUUAAGAAACUGUAUUGAUUAAUUAGAUUUAGAUGACUAUGGUGCACCUGACUAUAAUAUGUCUGAGGUGAAAAUAUUUCUUAAUUUCAAUCUUUAAUAUCUUUUAUUAUUUAAGCUUUAGUUUAUGUAAAUAUAUUAGUCCUACUAUAAACUUCACUUUUAUAAA